CUCCCAAAUAAAAAUGGCAGCCUGUGUCCUUAGACAGGGACUAUUUUGCACCGUUGCUAAAUACAGUAAAAAGCAUAGUAUUCGGAUACUAAAUGUAGAUUUUAACAGUAGACAUCAAGCAAACAGAGGUCGGACUCAGUGCUUAAGUUGUUGUUGUGUAUUCAAUGCAGUACAACAGAAGCGCUUCAUGUCCUCCCGUAACAGACCUGAGGGGAAGUUUCUGGAGACUGUAGGAGUAUUUGAGGCAACCAAACAGCAUGGCAGUUAUGAGAUAGGGCAGUUGUUCCUACACAGUGUCUUUGGCUACAGAGGUAUUGUUCUCUUCCCCUGGCAUGCUCGCCUUUAUGACAGAGAUGUAAUUCCUACGACUACAGAUAGCAAAUCUGAAACCUCCGGAAAUCAUGCAUCUAAGGAGGUGAAAGGCCAAACCCACACGUAUUAUCAAGUCUUGAUAGACACCAGAGACUGUCCACAUAUUUCUCAGCGGGCACAAACAGAAGCUGUCACAUUUUUGGCCAACCAUGAUGACAGCAGGGCUCUCUAUGCUAUUCCAGGUCUCGACUAUGUAAGCCAUGAAGACAUUUUGCCAUAUAACUCAACAGAUCAGAUGCCUAUUCGGCAUGAACUGUUUGAUAGAUUCCUUUUAUACAAACCCUCAAAAGGUCCAUCAUUUGUGCCGAGAGAUGCUCUCCAUGCAUGGCAGGAGAAAAACCAUCAGUGGCUUGAAUUGUCUGGUGUUCACCGUGAGACCACAGAAAACAUUCGGGUCACGGUUAUCCCAUUUCACAUGGGUAUGCGGGAGGCCCAGAAUUCCCAAGUGUACUGGUGGCGUUACAGCAUUCGUUUGGAAAACCUUGGAAAUGAGGUGGUACAACUGAGAGAAAGACACUGGAGGAUCUUCAGUCUAUCUGGUACUUUAGAGACCGUCAGAGGAAGAGGAGUCGUGGGACGGGAGCCAGUGUUAUCAAAAGAACAGCCAGCUUUCCAGUAUAGCAGUCAUGUCUCUUUGCAGUCUCCAAGUGGACACAUGUGGGGUUCUUACCGGCUUGAGAGGCCAGGCGGUACCUUCUUCGACGUGCGCAUCCCACCCUUUUCUCUUGAGAGCAAAAAGGACGAUACUCCCAACAAUUUUCUGCCCGGUCCAUUUACCUCACUUUCUUAGGAUCUCAGUCCUAUUGAAUCUGCUCAUUACUCUGCUCAGCAUUCAGUUUAAAUUGUGUUAGUUUUACAUUUGAUCUGAUACUCCAAUCUGAAGUAUUUCAGGAGAGGAGGGGUGCUGAUCUAUUUUAAUAACUACAAAUAGGGUUUUAUAAUAUUUAAAUAUUUAUUAUGAAUUAAGUAUUAAAAUAUUUUUACAGGGCUUGGUGUACUCUUUUUCUCUGCUCAAAAAUAAGUAAAUCAGAUAGUGGUAACUUGAAAACUCAUAGACGUUUAUUAAUGCUGCUUCUCAGCUCUCAGUCAUUGUGUCCACGCCAUAUGGACCCAUAGCCUAUCACUUGUGUGUUUUAAGAGCCUGAAAUAUAAUGCAACACAUUGACUGACUUUGGCUCUCAGAGAGUGGUAGGCCUAUUAUCAAGAUGAUGAAUGGAUUUUAGCAUAUUAGCAAAUUGUGACUUGUCGCCACCUACUGGCUGUUUUAACGUCAGUUAAAAGUUGAAAGUGUUUAUUAAAGUAUAAGUUUAGGCAUAUUUGAAUAUAUUUAUAUUUUUUAUAUGUAAAACUUUAAUCUCAUGAUCCACUUCAGGUUCAGCUUCUGUGGCAACUGCAUUCUAAAGAUGUUUGUAAACGGAUUUAAUUAAAUUGUUUACAGUCUGUAGUGUCCUCAAAAAUGCCCAUGGCAAUCAGUUUAAUGGGACAGAUGUUGACCUUUUAAUGACAAAGUUAAUUUCUGACACUGCAUGGUAUCAGUAAAAUAUUAGUAUCUCCUACAUCAUUACUAGUAAUAUCAGUAAAAUAUCAAAAUAUUAAUACUUUAAGCCGUUCUGAUAGUAAGACAAGUAAAUAAUAUCGUUUAUUUCCCCCGGUUUUUGAGACAAAACUAAAUGCAUUUGGUAAACGAAAUUUUAGGCCUCAGAAUUAUUGAUCAAAAUAAUCAAUUAUCGUUUAAAAGUAUUUUUUUCUUUAUGUUUAGUUGAGUGACACUUUAAGUAAAGGCUAUAAUUUUGCAAUCUAAUGUUCUGUAUUUUAAUUAGAUAUAGCCUACAUUUCAUGUUUUUUUGCUUAAUGUUUUAAUUGUUAAAAAAAUUUAAAUGCCACAAAUAGGGUCUUUUGUGUAUUUCCUAUGGCAAACAAUUGCAAACCCCAUAGAAAGUGAAGAAAAAAAUUAUUUAAUUUAAUUUGUAUAGGUUGAAAUAAAGAUGGACAAACGUUAUUUAAUUCACAGCUUCAUUUUCGUUACUUGUCAAAUAACUCACAAAAUAACUUUAAAGUGCAAUCUACAAAUCCUCACCACCAAAAUAAGGAUUUGUUUAAUGUAAGUAAAAACUUAUUCGAUCUCUGUGUUGUCAUUAUUUAAUUGCAUUUAUUUAUUUUCCUAUGAUGUGCCUUUAAUUGCGUCAUUUCAAUUGCGAAUUAACAUUACAUAUUAAAUUAUUUUAGGCUAUUCCCAUGCGAUAUAUAUUUAAUAGAAAUGAAAAGAAAACAAAUGUUUGCACAACUGCUAAAAUGAACAUGAUAAUAUGUCAGACACUUCACAUGAGGUUGUUUAACACAAUAUUUAGCAUAACAUUUAACCUCAUGCGCCACGAAUGAUUACGAUUUUUGUCCUUUGUAAAAAUAAAGUGCCUUGUAUUAAAAACGAAAUUGUAAAAACUUCUCACAAGCAGUAUAAAUUAAGAAGCAAACGUAAAAUUAAGAGCCUGUUCCUAUUGUGAAAUACUGGAUAUUAAGUUUGAGAAACAAAGUACAACAUCAUUUUUGAUUUAGAAUGUGUCAUAUUUUCUGUUUAAUCGUGUAAUCCUAAUAUCUUGAUGUUGAUAAUUUUAUGUCUGACUAAUGAUGUCGUUUUUGGACAGGUAGCCUGUUGCCAUUCAGUCAAUAACAUUUUCUUUGGUU